UUUAUUUAUUCCUGUCUAUUAGGCGUGGAUAAUUAGUAGGAAAAAGAAAUUGAACUGAAUCUGUACCUGAUGGAGUCCGCAGCCAUCCCGGGACAGAGUCCGGUGGAGAUGGAGUUUUCACAGGAGAACGUAGAGACGGCUCUCUACCAGCUGUACUUUGAUCCAGACAUGGACCGUAAGAAUGGAGCUCAGAAGUGGUUAACCCAAGCCCAGGCCUCUGCACAGGCAUGGCAGUUCUGCUGGGCCCUGCUCAGCCUUGAUAAGAUCCCAGAGAUUCAGUUUUUUGGUGCCAGCACCCUCCACAUCAAGAUCUGCCGCCACUGGGGUGACCUCCCUGCAGAGCAGCAUGAAGACCUCCGGAUACAGCUUCUUUCCCAUAUCUUGCACUUCUCUUCUGGCCCCAGAAUGGUGCUGACUCGACUGUGUGUAGCGCUGGCCUCAAUGGCUCUUAACUUAAUCCCCCAAGCCUGGUCCGAGCCAGUGGCAGACAUGGUGACGGCAUUCCAACCUCAGAAACCAGAUUCUGAAGAUAACCCUGGUGCGAAGCCUUAUCAGGACCCCCAUGCACAUUGUCUUGCUCUCCUGGAGCUCCUUACUGUACUUCCAGAGGAGUUCCAGAGCAGUCGUCUGGCCCAAGCUCGUCGUGCCCAGCUCAGGGAAGCUCUAGCCGGGGAGUGGGCUGUGGUGUGCGGCAUGCUCCGACAGCUCCUACAAAGCCAGGACUCGUCUGUUCAGGUGAAGGAGAAAGUUCUCCGCUGCCUCUCUAGCUGGGUAGGGCUGAAUGUGUCACUAGGGGAAACCCAGGAACUGGUCCAGGACUGUUUCACAGCACUGUCCGACCCGGAAUUGUUCGACACUGCAGUGGAGACUAUUGUUACUGCAAUCUCACAGCCGGAUUGCCAGAGGUUCAUUAAUGUUCUGCUGAGUCUGAUGCCUCUGGUGCUGGGCCUUUAUGACCAGCUGAAGACAGCAGCUCAGGACAGGGACAUGGAGACCACCCAUGGUAUUUGUCGCAUUGCUGUUGCUUUGGGGGAAACACACUCCAGGGUUUUGUUGGAACAACUGGACCACUGGCAGGAAUAUCUAGCUUUGGUGAACAUGAUUCUGUUCUGUACGGGAAUCCCUGGACACUACCCAGUUAAUGAAACCACAAGCUCCUUGACGCUCACCUUCUGGUACACACUGCAGGACGACAUUUUAUCUUUUGAGGAAGACAAGCAAGCGGUUUACCUGCAGGUCUACAAACCAGUUUACUUCCAGCUGGUGGAUGUGUUGUUGCUCAAAUCCCAGUACCCUUCCCAGGAGGAAUACACUUCCUGGUCUUCUGAUGACAAAGAGCAGUUUCGAAUUUACAGGGUGGACAUCUCAGAUACUCUAAUGUAUGUAUAUGAAAUGCUGGGAGCGGAGCUGCUUAGUAACCUCUACGACAGUCUGGGCAGGCUGCUUAUGGACCCCCAAGAGUCAGCAGCAUGGCAGGACACAGAAGCAUUGCUGUUCGGCUUCCAGUCCAUAGCCGAGACCAUUGAUGUGAACUAUUCCGAUGUUAUUCCUGGUCUUAUUGGUCUGAUCCCCAGAAUCAACAUCAGCAACGUGAUGCUUGCUGACACUGUCAUGUACACCAUAGGGUCGCUGGCUGAAUGGUUGGCAGACCAUCCUGUGAUGCUCGGUGGUAUAUUACCCAUGGUGCUGCGGGGCCUUGUGAAGCCAGAGCUGUCUGUGUCCAGUAUCUCCACACUUAAGAGGAUCUGCAGGGAGUGCCGGCAGGACCUCGCCCCCUAUGCUCAAGACAUUCUUACAGUCUCUCAGGAUGUGCUGGUGAAGGAAAUCCAUGAGAGCAGCCAGUGCAUGUGGCUGAUGCAGGCCUUGGGUUUCCUGCUGUCAGCCCUGCCAGCAGAGGAGGUUUUAGGCAGACUGCAUUCACUCAUCACCCCUCACAUCCAGCAGCUGGACUCACUGGCUCAUCAGGAGCCUAAUCCAGCAAAUAAACAGAGCAUCAUAUACAUCCUGGGCAUGCUGUCCAGCCUUUUUACCACCCUGGAUGUAAACAGGCAUCCAGAUGGCUUAGAGGAAGAAAAUGCCAGCCCCUCUCAGACCAUUCAAAACCCAAUUGUAGUUGUCCUGCAACAAGUGCUCCCUUUAAUCCAGAACAUUGUUAGCAAAUGGCUUCAUGACUUGGAAGUAGUCGAGGCAGUCUGUGGAGUCUUUGAUAAAUCAGUCCAGACCCUCCUGCAUGAUUUUGGCCCCAUGGUGGCUCAGCUGAGUGAGAUGCUGGGAAAAAUCUACAGGACUUACCCACAAGCCCCUGCCCUGGACCUGACACGUCAAAUGGUGCAUAUCUUUGCUGGGGAGGGGCAACACAUCUCUGACAUCCGAAGCCUUGUGGAAGUGUUAACCUCAACUACACUUUCUGUAUUCCAACAAGGUCCAAGGGAACAUCCUGACAUCGCAGAGUCAUUUAUGUACCUCCAUGCUCAGAUUCUUAAAAAGAGUUCAGAUUUACACUUGUCAGCCGAAUUAGACGUCAAAGCUCUGUUUUACUCAGGGAUCCUCUCCAUCAAGUUCCCAGAGACACCCACAGUUAAAGCUGCCUGCCUAUUCUUUACAGAGUUUUUAAGUCGCUGCAAAGACAUGCCAUCCCUUUGUGAUGUGCUGCAGAGGGAUGGAAAGCUCCUGACAGAGACAGUGCUACAGGGAGUUGGAGGGGGUUCUUCCCGCAGCCUGGUAGAGCACUUCUCCGAGGUUCUGCUCAGUCUGAACAGACAGUGUCCAGCCCUGCUGUCUCAGUGGCUGGCAGAAACCCUGCAGACCCCUGGGUUCCCUUCAGCGCAUGUGACUGCAGAGCAAAAGUACUCAUUCUCUCAGCAGAUUCUAAGGGAACAAACAAACAAGCGUCAUGUUAAGGAGACUGUGAAGGAGUUCUCCUUGCUCUGCAGGGGUCUGCAGGGGUCCGGGUACUCUGAAUGCUAGUCAGAGCUGCGGUUCUGUUCUGCUUUUCUGUUCAUCAGCAGCUCUUACCACAGAACAAUCUGGAUCCAUUUGAACAUGUCCAAGGUGUCCAAUAGGACUGUUCACUCAGGGUGUGACACUGGAAAACAACAAUAAUUGGACUGACCCCAACCACCACCACAUACACACUCUGGGGACUGUUAGAGACAUCUGGGUCACUGUCGGACAUGUUUUUAAUAAAAUACCUGUCAGAAAGUGUCACAGUGCCAUGAAUGUACAUCUACUGACAAAAAACACCGAUUAAACCAAUCUUUUGUUGCAGGUGAA